UACCGGUGGGGAGGGAGGCGGCUAUAGAACAGAGAGUGACAUCAUCAGCGAGCUGCCAUGGAGGCAAACAGGGGAGUGUGUUAUUCACAACUGAGGCGAAACACAGAAGUGUGUGUGUGGGAGGUGGGGGUGUGGAACAAGUUCACAGCAGUUCCUGAAGAAAGCAGGAGCCAAACGUCUCUGAAGCCCUGCAUGGAAGUGGCCCAGUGGACCUAGCAGACUGGGGGAAAAGACAGGAGUCAGCCUGGGGCAAUGUUUCAGUGCUAAAAGAAAGGGCAGAGAUAAACGAAGAAAAACUGGAGGGACGAAGGGAGGAGAAACAUCCAAGCUGGGACAUGGCACCUUUCUUCAGCUGGGUGUCGAAGGUCCCCGAGGUCAUCAGUACACUGAAGCAGGUGGGAAAGAAUGUCCCGGAAGCCGAGGCCCGUGUCAGAGGGGCACCUGCCAAGAAGUUUGAAGUCCGAUUCCGGGGGCGUGUCAGCGUAGAGAACAAUAACACCCCUCCAUCUCUCAUCGAUGAGUGUGUCGAUUGGCUAGCACUGGACGAUGGGCCGGACUUAAGGGCCAAGCCCUUACCCAGGACGAGUGACCACGCCGUGGACUUGGCCAAAAUGGCCACCCAGAUCCGGCUCCUCUUCCAGCCAACCUCCAGGGCGGCACCGGAGAAAGCGGCUUGGGUGAGGGAGGCCGGGACUACAGGAUCUCGUCUGUCCAGCCCACCCAGAGGACAGGAAACAGCACAGCACCAUCAGGGUGACACCAGCAGGUCUGGGUUGAGCCAACCCACCCUCACCGUGGAAAACCGCCCAGUGCUACUCAUGAUUGGCCAAUCUCAGAUUUAUAUCAUGAAUCCUGACACCAAGAAAGUGGCCAUUGAAAGGAACUUCAGUGAAAUGUCCUUCUGCUCUCAGGGAAUCAGACACCUGGAUCACUUUGGGUUUGUCUGCAGGGAGCCCCAGGAGAGCGCCACCUGGCAGCGGGUCUGCUACAUCUUUCAGUGUCAUGCAGGCCCCCUGGUGGAUGAGAUCAUGCUCACUUUGAGACAGGCAUUUUCUGUAGCCGCCUCGCCUCCAAGUCCGAGGACCCAAAGCCUUUCAUGCUGCCCUAUGCAGCAAAUGCACCAGCUCUGUGAGAGGAUACAAGGUCUCCAACCGACGAGCGCCAAGCUAGAACUUCAGAAGCACAUAGCUACCCUGGACAGCAAUCAUCAGGCAUCCAUUCUAGAGAGUGCCCUGAGGUCAAAACCCAAAACAGCGCAGGAGGAGACUGAAGUUCUGCUAUCCAGCCUGCGCCGUUUUUAUGAAGAGCGACAGAAAGCCCACCAGAACAACCCCAACGGCGUUCUCACACAGUUUGCAGAGGCCAUGGGAGGCGCUGUGAAGGCUCGCGGGAGGAGCAGCGAGGAGCAGGGCGAGCGGCAGAAACGGCCCCUAAGUGAACCUCUGGAGAUCCUGUGGAAGGAGAAUGCACUGGAAGGGUCCCUGAGUCUCCAGGCCCUCUGCCCCUACUCUUCCAAGGAUGGCCCCACCCAGAAAUGCUCCCCAUCCAGAGGCUACCAGCAGCUGGGGUUUCGGCAUCGGGCCAGCACCUACAGCCCUCCAGCUCAGCGCCACAAUCCCAGAUCCGAUGCCUGGCAGGAAUCUGUCACGUCGGUCAAACCCAGACUGAGGCACAACUCUGUGAGCACCGAUAGCCCCUGUCAUGGCUGCGAUGUGCCGGAUCCUUCUGGCCUGGACACCGUCGGGGACUCUGAUGACAGCUCUCAGCAUCACGCCGUACCCUGGAGGCAGAAGAUCUUCCUUAGGGUGGCUGCAUCCCAGAGGCCCUGUAGCGCCCCUCCUAGAUAUACUGCCGGCGGACCUUCUGUAGAGGGAGGGGACAGCUCAGAGGGUGGAGUGUCCUUGAGGGAGGCUGGCGAGGGUCCGGCGAGGCGGAGGGGGUCGCUCGUGAGGGAGCGCUGGAGGAAGGCCAUCUUGCAGCAGAUCCUACUGCUGAGGAUGGAGCAGGAGAACCAGAAGCUGCAAGCCUCCGAGAGCGACCUCCAGAACAAGCGGCUGAAGCUGGGUUACGAGGAGCUCACGCCGUGCUUGAAGGACGUCACCGUGGUGUGGGAGCAGAUGCUGGAGACCCCAGGGAGAACCAAAGUCCAGUUUGACAUAGAGAAGAUCCACAGUGCCGUGUGGCAGGGUGUCCCCAGGAGCCACCGUGGCGAGAUCUGGAGGUUCCUCUCUGAGCAGCACCUCCUGAGGCAGCGGAUCCCCUGCCGCCACACCGGCCGGGACGCCUCCUACAGGGACCUCCUCGGGCAGAUUACCUCCCAACAGCAUGCCAUCCUCAUCGAUCUAGGUCGAACUUUCCCCACGCACCCUUACUUCUCGGCCAAGCAUGGCUUGGGCCAGCGCUCCCUUUACAACCUGCUGAAGGCCUACUCAUUGCUGGACUCUGAGGUGGGCUACUGCCAGGGCCUGAGCUUCGUGGCCGGGGUUCUUCUGCUGCACAUGGACGAGGAGGAGGCCUUCAGCAUGCUCACCUUCCUGAUGUACGACUUGGGGCUGCGUAGACAGUACCGGCCGGAUAUGAUCAUCCUGCAGAUCCAGAUGUACCAGCUGUCCCGGCUGCUCCAUGACUACCACCGAGAGCUCUACUGCCACCUGGAGAACCACAACAUCGGGCCCAGCCUGUACGCCACUCCCUGGUUCCUCACCAUCUUCUCGUCGCAUUUCCCCCUGGGUUUCGUGGCACGCGUCUUCGACAUGCUGUUCCUCCAGGGUUCUGAAGCUAUCUUUAAGGUGGCCCUGAGCCUUCUGGGAAGUCAUAAGCCACUAAUCAUGCAGCAAAACAGCCUGGAAGCCAUAGUGGACUUCAUCAAGUCCACCCUGCCCAAGCUGGGCUUGGUGCAGAUGGAGAAGACCAUCAAUCAGGUGUUGGAGAUGGACCUGUCCAAGCAGCUACAGGCCUAUGAGGUGGAGUAUCACGUGCUGCAGGACCAACUUUUUGAAGCCCCUGCCUCACUCAGCCAGCAGCAGAAGGCAGCCCAACUGGAGAGGGCCAACCGGUGCCUGCGGCAGCAGAACCUGGACCUGCUGGAAGAGCUUCAGGUGGCGCACGCCAAGCUGGACUCACUAGAGACAAACGUGGCAGAGCUCCUGAGCCGUGAGGGGAACCUGCAUCAGAAGAUCGGAGCUCUUGAGCUUGAGAGAGACUCCCUGCUGAAGAUGGUGGCACAGCUACAGGCCGAGCACAGGGAUCACGCCCCAGCCAAUGGAGACCCUCUGGAUGCCUAGCUGGGGCCACGUCACCAAACUGUGUCCCCAGUAACCCCAGAGGGUUCCAGAAGGUUGUGCAAACUGCUCUGUUGGUGACCAACCUACUUCUGUAGAGUAGGGGUUCCCAGCCUUCUGGUGUCCACAGACUGGUUUACAUUGUACAAAAAUUGCACGGACAAACGAUAAAAGAAUGGUCCCACAGUAAAACAAAAGGGGCAUAAUGUGAAUGAAAAUACGUGACAGAUUGCGUAUUUUCCUGCAUCACAACAAUUUAUUCUUCAGUAUGGGACGAUCCUGCAAUUUCAACUCUACCCCCAGCGUUCCACGGCCUGGUUACUGUAGAUUUCACAUCAGCCAUGUCAGGUUGCCGAAGAAUCAAUGAUCAACGGUGGACUGCAAAGGCAACAUAUGGACGGUACCUUGACCACGGCUUUGGGCUCAUCCUCUGCUUUGUGCGAAUAUCACUAUAAAGUGCCAAUCUUAACAAUGCAAGCACCUCUAAGUUUACAUGUUGAUGUAUAUGGUCAGAUUUCGUUUUAUAAAUGAAUAACUGCAGUGUUUGUGAUACUUUCAUGUUUUUUUUCCAGAGACAACAAGCCUUACAGUACAAAAUACAAAAUGUCCUCAUCCUAAUUGUGGAAUUUAUGCCUUAAACUGAUUAGAAACACCUCUGCAGGUUUUGACAGAAAUGUGCAUUUUCCAGCUGCAUAUCCAUUACAUGUUUGUAGGGGAGAUAGAGCUUAUUCCAGGUGGCACAGGGUACAAGGUAUCAAGGAGAAGAUAUCAGUCCAUCAAUGGGCAUGAGAUAGGGACACCCCAGACGGAAAACCAAUCCAUCACAAAAUGCAAGACAGGGGACACUGAGGAAACCACAGGGCUCACGUACACAAUUAGCCUGAAUGUGUGCCUUUAGACUUCAGGAGGAAGUCGGAGUACCAGCCUGGGAGAGCAUGUAGACACACAGAGCAGAGAUGAGAUUUGAACACCCAGCCCUGAAGGUUUAAUGAGAUGCAGCUACGCACUGAGCUAGAACACCCUUUCAGAUCAGAUCAGAGCCUCGUUCUUCAGUGGGCCAUUAGAAAAUAAAGCUUCAUGUUCACAAGCGUCAGAACCCUUUCAUGGCAUUUCCCUCCAAACAGCUGGACAGAGAACUUAAUCCAUAUGCCUAAGAACUUUUCUCCCAAUAAAAAAACGUCUAUGCAAAAA